GUAAUAAGCCGUAAUGAAUAUGCAGGGUUUUAUACACGCAGGCUUGUUUCUUUUGACGGUAACGAAUGUGUGUAAUACAAACUCGUGUUUUGGGAAAGCAUGUUUAACAAAUAAUCUAUGUGUGGAUUUUCAUGAUCAAUGUAUAUGCAACGUGGGUUACACAUUGAAUUCAACAACUGGGGACUGCGACGAUUUGGACGAAUGCGCCAACCAUUACCAUGAUCCUUGCGGACACAGAGGAAGCUGUACUAAUUCUGUCGGCAGUUACUUUUGCAACUGUCUCUAUGGUUGGACAAAUGAUACGCACUGCAUCAAGAAAGUACACGACUGUCCUCUAUGUAUGCCAGGGUAUGAAGGAUCGAGAUGUGGUUACACAGUCUGUGAACACGGGUUCGCUGAACCAGUAGGCAUGAAUGAUUUGUCAUGCGUCUGUAAUCCUGGAUGGCAGAAACGGGAUGGUCCGAAAAGCCCUUGCAAUAUAGAUGUCAACGAGUGCCUGCUAUCUGAUGUGUGCGAUAAGACCCAAAUGUGCAUAAAUACCAAUGGAAGCUAUAUGUGUCAGUCCCACCCCUCAUGGACUGAAAAUAACAGUGACACCGACAAUAAGGAUAUUGUGGCAGUGUUACCGGACCGAAUACUCUUGUACAUUCUGUUUGGCCUGCUGUGCCUCAUGCUGUUGAUUAUCAUCCUGCUAUCGCACAAAUUGUGUCAUCGUACGAGAGAGAGAUCUAAGAGGCGUAAUGUUAAGGCCCCCGAACAGUUGCGGACUAUUUUCGGGUGCGUUCAAUACUUUAUUUGA